AUGUCGGGGCGCGGCAAGGGCGGCAAGGGGCUGGGGAAGGGCGGCGCCAAGCGCCACCGGAAGGUGCUCCGCGACAACAUCCAGGGCAUCACCAAGCCGGCGAUCCGGAGGCUGGCCAGGAGGGGCGGCGUGAAGCGCAUCUCGGGGCUCAUCUACGAGGAGACCUACACUGAGCACGCUCGCCGCAAGACCGUCACCGCCAUGGACGUCGUCUACGCGCUCAAGCGCCAGGGCCGCACCCUCUACGGCUUCGGCGGCUAG